UUCUCUUUUUUUUUUACAGGCUAAUUCACACUACUUUGCAAUCAUAGAACAGAUAACAGAGGGUAAUUUAUGGCUUAAUGAAACUUGCGGUGUUGUUCCAAAAAAUUCGUGGGUGAUUGAUCUUUUCGGAUACUCUCCAACAAUGGCAUACCUUUUUCGUCGUAUGGGUUUCGAGAAUAUGCUCAUACAGAGGACACAUUAUGAAUUGAAGAAGGAACUGGCUUUGUAUAGAAAUUUAGAAUUCGUAUGGCGGCAGAGCUGGGAUGCUGAAGAAACAACUGACAUGUUUGCUCAUAUGAUGCCCUUUUAUUCAUAUGAUAUUCCACAUACUUGUGGGCCUGAGCCUGCAAUAUGCUUUCAAUUUGACUUUGCUAGAACCUAUGGCUUUACGUAUGAGCGCUGCCCUUGGGGAGAAUAUCCACAGGAGACCACACCAGAAAAUGUUAAAGAAAGAGCACUAAAGCUGCUGGAUCAAUACAGAAAGAAAUCAACACUAUAUCGCACAAAUACUCUUCUUAUUCCCCUCGGAGAUGAUUUCUGCUAUGUCACUGUUGAUGAGGCUGAAGCUCAGUUCAGGAAUUAUCAGCUUCUGCUUGAUUAUAUCAAUUCUGAUCCGGACUUGAUUGCAGAAGCAAAAUUUGGUACCUUGGAAGAUUAUUUCCGGACUCUUCGUGAAGAGGCUGAUAGGGUAAAUUACUCCCGUCCAAAUGAGAUUGGUUCUAUUGAGAUUGGUGGGUUUCCUUCUCUUUCAGGCGAUUUCUUCACAUAUGCUGACAGACAGCAAGAUUACUGGAGUGGUUAUUAUGUUUCUCGGCCUUUCUUCAAGGCUGUUGAUCGUGUGUUGGAGCAAACCCUCCGCGGUGCUGAUAUGAUGAUGGCUUUCCUAUUAGGUCAUUGUCAGAAACCACAAUGUGAGCGGUUACUUACCGGAUUUUCCUAUAAGUUAGCAGCGGCUAGGAGGAACCUAGCGCUGUUCCAACGUCAUGAUGGGGUUACUGGUACAGCUAAGGACCACGUAGUUAAUGAUUAUGGGGUGAGAAUGCACAUAGCUUUGCAAGAUCUUCAAAUUUUCAUGUCAAAGGCCGUAGAGGUGUUGCUUGGGAUUCGCCAUGAAAAGAAUGAACAGAACCCAUCUCAGUUUGAGGCUGCACAAGUGAGAUCUAAAUACGAUGCUCAGCCAGUGCACAAAGCCAUGUCUGCUCAUGAAGGGACAGUCCAGACUGUGGUGAUAUUUAAUCCACUAGAGCAGACAAGACAUGAAGUUGUGAUGGUAAUUGUUGACAGACCUGAGGUGACAAUCUUGGACUCAAAUUGGACAUGUGUGAGAAGCCAGAUAUCUCCAGAGAUGCAACAACACUACAGCAGCAAGGAGGAUGAAACAUUAUUCUCUGUAGACAUCGUGUAUACUGGAAAGCUUCGGUCCCCCCAUUAGGGUUGCAAACUUAUUAUGUCGCUAAUGGGUUUGCCGGUUGUGAAAAGGCCACACCAGCAGAGGUCAAAUGGUUCGUGCCUUCUUCCAAUAUUUCUUGUCCCAAACCAUAUACUUGCUCAAGAAUGGAGGGUGAAGAAGCAAUAAUCAGUACUCGGCAUCAGACGUUGACAUUUAGCAUGAAGGAUUGUUACAGAGAAUUAGUCAUACCAAUGGCCGCCAUAAUGGCAUUGCUUUGUUUGUAACUAGUAAAAGAAGUUGCUCUCUGGUUCAUGAAUCAUGACUCUUCGAUGACCACACAUUCAUUUAUUUUUUAAUAGACUGAGAUCGUUCAUGACAAUAUGUAUUCUGAUCCCUGGGAGCUCUGCCAAGCCUCACCACUUUAGGGCUACAAAUAACCCAGUAAGCGAUAAAGUUCAGCAUUUCCUUUUUUCUAUGUUUACUCGGAUGAUAAUAAUGGACAGAGUUGUUUAUUGGGUUCUGUUUCACCGGCUCCAUGGAGAUGCUCCGAAGAGUUCUUUUUGCAUCUAAUUAGAAACAGAGAUCCUCUGAAAAUAGAGUGAGUAGAGGGUAAUUUCCUCUUCUGCCCAAAAUACAAUUAGCUGCUACUAGUGGAUGUCACAAGGUUCUGGUCAACUUCUCUAUUCCCUUUUUAAAAGGAAGACCCAGUGUGCAUGUUGUAGAGGUUUCCAAAUAUAUGGUCUUCGCGAUUAGUACGCCAAUUGCUACGUUGGAAUCCUGAGGAUUGACCGAGUGUACAUGAAAGGUUUGAGUUAAUUUGCAUCCUUUGUGUAUACGGCGGCCUAUUUGCUAUGGUUCAACAAAUAAAUGUCGACUGUUCGAUGAUUGUAAUAAAGAGAUGAGGAACUGUUGACUUGCUCAAAGAAGUGAAUACCUGAAAUGAUUGAACACAAUGUAAGUAGCAGAAAAACUGCAUCCUACAAAUGUGAUUUGACUGUAUCUUGCUUUGACAAUGUACCCCACCCCUUGUGAAACAUGUUAACUCUUGAAGUUUACUAAACUAAACUUCAGAAUAAUAAUGAUCAAACUUCACUUACUAAUCAAAACUUUGAAAUAUUAAUAUUAUCAUAGUCAUUAUAACUACUUAAUUAUUCCUACUACUGCUGUCGGUAGACUCGGUACCAGGGGCGGAUCCAGGAAUGAGGAGUGGGGUGGGCUAAACAGUAAAAUUUUUUGUUAUUGCAUACAAAAGGUUUAGCUUAGGACUAAUAGUUAUUGAACUGAGUUUUUGUUCGAACUACUCGAGUUCGAUCGUGAUUUCGAAUUUAAUUUAAUGACCAAAGCUUAACGAGCUUCAAUCUCGAACACGGGCUAAAUUUUAGUUUAAAUAGUUUGUUUUUACAAAAAAAACGGCCGUUAUUUUUUUGAGUUUGAAUAGUUAUUCAAGCUGAAUUCGAGCAUAGUCAUGUUCAGUUCGAUCUGGACUCGAGCAUAUUCAUAACUUAUAAAUUAUAGAAAUAAACUAUAUACUACCUCCGACUUUUAUUAAGACUAAUUUGACUUUUCAAGUCAAAGAAGUUAAACUCUGAAUGACUAUAUAUUUAUACAAUAAAAUUGAUAAUAUGAAAAUGAAACGGAAAUGUUCUUUGUUAAAAAGUUUAUCAUAAAAGUAUAAAUUUAGUAAGUUUCACAUUAAUACAUGAGUUAAAAUGAUGGAUCAAAGUUUACCAUCUUUGAGUAAAGAGUCAAAGAUGGCUAAAUAAAAUGAGACAGAGGUAGCAUAUCUAACAUUUAAACGUUUUAGUGUGAUUUAUAAUUUUAUUAUUGAUUAUUAAAGAUUUUAGUAUUUAUUGAUAUGAAUUAAAAUACUUGUAUAAAAGUAUAAAACUAAUAAGUAAAAAUAGUCGAUGUACAUAAAACUAAUAAGUAUUCCCAAUUUUAAAAUUGACUUGAGAUUUUGAAUCCAUUCAUACAUGCCUAAACAGUAAAUACAUCGUUCUCUAUUCUUUAAUUGCAUUAUAAAUAAAUCAUUUUCUAAUCUUUUUUUGUGGAAGAUCAUUUUCUAAUCUUUAAUUCUAUCUUUAAUCAUUAUAAAUUUAUAAUAAUAAAUAAAAACAAUUUUACUAUCUACUGAAAAAAUUCAAUUAAUAAUCAAAUAGAAUUACAAAGUUGGUAGGCUUGGGUUGGGCUAGACAUUAGUUUUGAGGUGGGCUGGAAAUUAAACCUAUACCUAUAAUAAUCAAAAUAAAUUGGGCUGGGCUGGGCUGGAGCCCACCCCUGCCCCAACUUAGAUCCGUCCAUGCUCGGUACUAUCCAGAAUUGUUGAUGCUAAUCCGUGUCAUUACUCUUGACGAUGCUAAUCAAGUAUUACUCCUGUUCGCUAUUUAUCUCCACAUAUGACUUUUCAUAGUAAUCUUGAAAACGAAAAUGUGUCGAGAUUUUUCAUUGAAAUGAAACAAAAAUGUGAGCCUCACAGUUCUUUCAAUAUAAAAAGAUAAUUUAGGGACCAAAAGGAAGUCUGAAAUCGGCAACUUGGCAAAUAAGCAUUAUAUUUUUUUAUGAACAUAAGAGUUUGCAAGUUAUUACGUAUUCUGAAUUCACUCAGGGAAAAAUUGUUUUCCUGGGGGGGGGGGAGAUUAAAAGGGAAACCGGGAAGAAGAAGAAGAAGAAAGGGGAAACGGGUAAAGGGAGAGAGUAGAAGGAAGGAACGGGAAAGAAUAGAAACUUAAGAAAAUAGAAAAAUAAGUUGUAUAUCCAGUUAUAUAAUUAAAGCACCAGUUAUUUUAAUUCUUCUGCCUCCAGAUAUAUUUGAAACUUGAAAUCUAGUCUUGCCACAAGGGUUUUAUUAUUCUCCAACUUCGUUUCCUGAACUUCUUCUUUUAUGGUCAUUUGCUUUGAAGACAAGGAUCGUGGGAGAUGCUUGGAAGAAUAUCCAAGUUCUUUUUUGCUCAGGUUUGAAUUAGAUUAUAAGAUGCCCUUCUGUCAUCUGUCAGGCACCCUUUUUAAAUUAGAAAUUACUCUGUCAGUCAUUUUUACCUUAACCAUCAAUGGAACAAAGCUGAUUACGAGUACAAUUCUGAAGUAUGUUAAUUUCACUUCAUCUACUAUUGAGUUUCUUCUUUCUGACUGUUUAUUGGUCUAUCUUCCCUUUCCCUGUAACAUCCUUCGUGGCUGGUGUGUAUAUUAUGAAGUAUGUUGAGAUAUAUAAUAGCCUCUCAGAGUCACAGGUAUAUGUUACUCCUGUUCGCUAUGUAUCUCCACAUAUGACUUUUCAUAGACAUCUUGAAAACGAAAAUGUGUCGAGAUUUUUCAUAGAAAUUAAACAAAAAUGCAAUUCUUUCAAUGAAAAGAGAUAAUUUAGGGACCACAAGGAAGUGUGAAAUCGGCAACUCGGCAAAUAAGCAUUACUGUAUAUUUUUUUAUGAAUGUAGAAGCUAGCCAGUUAUUUUAUAUUUUGAAUUCAUUCAUAUUACUGGUGAAUGUGGCUUAGUUGUUUUCCAUACACAUUACACAUACUUCUUGGGAAACACAAAGUUAUAAUAUCUUCUCGCUUCCCUUUCCAAACAGAAAAAGGAAAAAAGAGUGAGGUGAACAAGAUAUUUUAUGAACUUCCUCCCACCUCUAAUCUAUGUGGCUGAUCUGUAAGCAUCUACAAUGUUGGAGUGUUGGGCUUGUGAUGCUGGAACUAAUAUUAGGAUCACCAAAUGUGUAGGGACCACAAGGAAUUGUGAAAUCGGCAACUCGGCAAAUAAGCAUUGCUGUAUAUUUUUUUAUGAAUGUAGAAGCUAGCAAGUUAUUUUAUAUUUUGAAUUCAUUCAUAUUACUGGUGAAUGUGGCUUAGUUGUUUUCCAUACACAUUACACAUACUUCUUGGGAAACACAAAGUUAUAAUAUCUUCUCGCUUCCCUUUCCAAACAGAAAAAGGAAAAAAGAGUGAGGUGAACAAGAUAUUUUAUGAACUUCCUCCCACCUCUAAUCUAUGUGGCUGAUCUGUAAGCAUCUACAAUGUUGGAGUGUUGGGCUUGUGAUGCUGGAACUAAUAUUAGGAUCACCAAAUGUGUUCCGGAUAAGUUUUAGGACACAUGCUCAUUUGGAUCAGCACCUAGAAGGGUGGAAUGAAAGCUUAAAGGAGCUUGCAUUCAAGCAAGUUCUGAAUACAAGCACCAACAACAAAGGAUUUGGUACAUAAACCCUUGAGAUGAUCUUUCAACGUUAUGAUGUCCUCUAUUAAUAUCUUCAGUUCCUACUCUAUGAAAUGUAUCAAGUGUGCUCUUGGAACCAUAAUGUCUUUUUACACCCUUCUAUUCAUGUCAUUUUUAGUCUACCGUGGGGCCUUUUAAAUCGCUGGCAAUCCAGGACUCCACUCUGCGUAAUAGGGAUUUAGGGCACUACCUACUCGUUGACAAUCACACCCUCCUUCUCACCGAUCUCCUUCCUCCUUGUCGAUCAACGAAGCCCCGCAACCCUUGACGAAAACAAACAAACAAACACUGCCAUUCUUCGUCCUCGACGAAAACGGGAAAAAAGCUCCAGCGGCGUGAUGCCCUAGAGAGAAAACUCGCAGACCGCUAUUCAUUUAAUUUGUUGAAUAACGGGCUCAACACAUUGUGUUACACAAUAUACCUGUUUUUGACAAGUGGAGGAUGAAAGCUGAUCCCAAUACCCAUAGUCGUUAAAGCCGGGGUGCAUAUUUGAGUUCCACUUCU